GGGCGGGCCGCACUCUGGUGGCUGCUGCCGGGGGCGGCGGCGGCGGCGCGGCGGAGUUGGGAGGCGGAGGCCUGGCUCGGCCUAGCCUGGCCUGUCAGGCUCCGGGCGGCGGCGGCGGCGGCUCCGGCACCAUGUCCCUGCAGUACGGGGCGGAGGAGGCGCCCCUCGCCGGCAGUUAUGGCGCGGCCGAUUCGUUCCCGAAGGACUUCGGCUACGGCGUGGAGGAGGAGGAAGAGGAGGCGGCGGCCGCGGGCGGCGGGGUUGGGGCGGGGGCCGGCGGAGGCUGUGGCCCGGUGGGCGCUGACAGCUCCAAGCCGAGGAUUCUGCUCAUGGGGCUCCGGCGCAGCGGCAAGUCCUCCAUCCAGAAGGUGGUGUUUCACAAAAUGUCACCCAAUGAGACUCUCUUUUUGGAAAGUACCAACAAGAUUUAUAAAGAUGACAUUUCCAAUAGUUCAUUUGUGAAUUUCCAAAUAUGGGAUUUUCCUGGGCAAAUGGACUUUUUUGACCCAACAUUUGACUACGAGAUGAUCUUCAGGGGAACAGGAGCAUUGAUUUAUGUCAUUGAUGCACAGGAUGACUACAUGGAGGCUUUAACAAGACUUCACAUUACUGUUUCUAAAGCCUACAAAGUUAACCCAGACAUGAAUUUUGAGGUUUUUAUUCACAAAGUUGAUGGUCUAUCUGAUGAUCACAAAAUAGAAACACAGAGGGACAUUCAUCAAAGGGCCAAUGAUGACCUUGCAGAUGCUGGGCUAGAAAAACUCCACCUUAGCUUUUAUUUGACUAGUAUCUAUGACCACUCAAUAUUUGAAGCCUUUAGUAAGGUGGUACAGAAACUCAUUCCACAACUGCCGACCUUGGAAAACCUCUUAAAUAUCUUUAUAUCUAAUUCAGGUAUUGAAAAAGCAUUUCUCUUUGAUGUUGUCAGCAAGAUCUACAUUGCAACAGACAGUUCUCCUGUGGAUAUGCAAUCUUAUGAGCUUUGCUGUGACAUGAUUGAUGUUGUAAUUGAUGUGUCUUGUAUAUAUGGGUAAGUUUUUCCUAUGUUUUUUUUCUUCCGGAAUAUUUU